AUGGUUGAUUUGAAGCAACAACUCGAUGUUAUCGAUUAUUUUGGAGUGAUUGCCGUCUGGCUUUUGUUCUUCUCCAUUGUUUUCAUCAUUUCAAUCACCUGUAUUCUUUGGUGUUGUGUUUCCAAAAAUGACGAUCCUACUGUAUUUGCCAAGGUAAUUUGUAAAAGCUAUUAAAAAUUGAACAACAUUUUUUUCAGUACGGAUUCGGACCACAACCACGUGUCAACGCCCAAAGGUCAGCUGCCCAAGAAGCUAAAGCUGAAUAACUUUAACACUCCUUAACUAACCUUAACAAUUUUAAGUAGAUGGUAUGCUAACGCUUUAUCAAUUAACUCUAAUAUUUUAAAAAAUCUUCUUUCAUUUCAGAACAAAAUUGGCAAACGAUAAAGAUUUUUAA